GAUUCUGCUCUUCUUCUUCUUUCUUCUCGCUGCAGCUACUCGAAAGAAAAAGAAAGAGAACCCAACCAUGCCUUUGAGAAAUCAGUGAGAUAAGCUUGGUUUUCUCCUUCUUUUCUUGUUCUAAAACCAGAUUUGAGCCUUGAAAUUCUCCCUCCCUUGCUGGAAAAUCUGGAUAUGCCUUGCUCUGCUCCUCACCGUCCGGCUGCUCCUGCUUUGUGGGUGAUUUCUGGGCAUAUUUUUCUGACCCGUGAGCUCCCUGCAGCUUGCCGCCGGCUUCUCCCCCAGCCAAGCUCGGUUUUGCUUGCUAAUUUUUGGGUUUUGGCCAAUUUUGGAAGUGCAGUUACUGUUCACGGUUCCCGAUCGUUCUGUCAGUUAGUGCGUGAAUUGAGUGCUCGGUUUUAUGCAAGUGAGGAUGUGAAAUCGAGGACGGGGAAACCACGGGAAGUGAUGAGUUAGAAGGCUAGCCAUAUUGUAAUUUGAUAUGAAUUUUAGAAACAAAUCAUGAUCUUGUAUUUGGAGAUUUAUAAUAUCAGAGUAAAUUUUAAAGAUUUGAUCUUCAGAUUUUGAUGGUAUCAGAGUGUGAUAUGAUAAGUUCCGAGUCUUGUGCAUUUGUGGGACCUGUCUCACGAGUGUACGGCGUCUGUCACGUCCCCGGAUUUGAGUUCUGG